AUGACCUCCAAAUCUCCGGCGAUCAACUCCAAAUCCCUCCAAGAAUCGGCUGCAUCCAAUGGAAACGCAAACGCUCCGCACACUUGGAUGACCCUCGAGAAAUGUAAACUGCUUGAAUUGCUCUAUGAUGAAAUGUCCGCGGGACAUGCAACCGACAAUGGUAAUCUGAAAAAAGAAGGUUGGACUGGGUUCCUCUGUGAGCAAUCGGGCUUUGGUUGGGAUGAUGAUAAAUUCACUGUCACGGCGGAUCAAAGGACCUGGGACGAGCUCAUUCAAGCUCAUCCAAGACGAAAUUUCGGCAAACUUAAAGAUAAGCCCUUUCCAAUCUUCGAGCUUGCUGAACGUGUAUUUGUUGGGAACUUUGCGACCGGUGAGAGUGUCAAUAAACACGUGUCACCAGAUGAGGUUCCUGUGAAGGUCAUUGAUGACUCAAAUGCAGAGGCCGCUUUGACGGCUCCGACUCCUACCUCAAAAAAGAGAAAGAAUAAUAAGAAGAAGGAAGUGGUGGUCUCAAGUUUAUCCAACACCGAUACUGAUGUUCGAGUUUUGAAGAAGCAAAGCGAGUCAACAUCUACGAAGCGCAUCCGAGAGACCAAAGGCACCGACGGCUUGGUUGGGGCUAUCAACAAUGCCAGCAACACUAUCGCUAGUCUUCACAAAGAAAGUUCUCCAUCCAAAGACAAUCAACCAAACAAGACCUCUUCAACUGGAACCACUUCAACUCAUGAUUCCCUCAAUGCGCAAGCUCUCAAAUGUUUAUCUUUGUAUUUCCUCAACAAAGUUGACGAUGAGCAAUACAUUUGA